UGAUUCUCACGGUUCAUAAGCCCAUCUCUCUCUCACUCUCACUCUCACUCUCACUCUCUGGGUCAUGGAUAAUAUUAAGGAGCAACUUUCAAAUAAUAGCUUAUUGGGAAUUCUUAGGCUGUGCAUUUCAAUCCCUUUUCUUUCAACGAAGGCUUGUUUACUGAUAUUCUUUGUCUCAAUUUUAUGUCCACCACUUUUAUUUUGCGCCUAUGUUGCUUUUAAGUGUUUAUUUGGUACUCUUUAUCACCAAAUAUUGAACAAAGAGAUAGUACUAACUCUUCUCCUGCCGAUCAUCCACCAAAUAGUUUUCCUUGUGUUCACUCUUGUGCCCUCCACCAUUGCUAUGUUCCUCACCAUAGCUUCUGUCUACACUUCUGAACCAAUACCCUUCUUCAGCUUCUUCCGAGCCAUAUUCUACAUUUUUCUGCACUACUUUGACACCUUUUUCUUGGUCAUGGCUUUCGUGAGUCUCUACCGGGCAUUAUUAAUCAAUACUAUAUGUCUUUCCAUAUUGGCUUACCACACAAACAACCCUCUUCUCCUUUUGGUCGCUUGCAUCGUUUUGUUUCUGUUCAUAGCUCUUCAAUUCUUCACUGAACACUGGUUGCUUGCUUCUUUUGUAUCAAUGUUUGAAGGGAUUCAUGGGAUGGCAGCCCUUAAAAGGAGUAGAGAACUGAUCAAGGGGCGUACAGACAUUUUGGUAGUCUUGUUAUUUUUUUUGGUUUGCGAAUGGAUUCAGCUUCAUCAAGAAAUAUCUAUGUUGGGAGAAAAAUUGAAUUCUGGGAGUACUGAUUGGAGAGUAAAAUUGUCUGCUGUGCCAACAUUUGGUUUGUUAUUUCCAGUGAUUUUGUUUGGAAUUUCAGCUCAAACUGUCUUAUAUUUUUUCUGCAACCAAGAGAUUGACAAGGUUGCUUUGUCUAAACGACUUGCUUGGUACCUUCGAUCAACAUGCUCCAACUAUCAGUAAUGACGACAUUGAGACAUUAGUCACCUUUUAUUUUCUUGUAAAAUAUAUUUGCCCCUUAAUGGGUUUGUUUAAUGUUUAUCAAUUUUUCUUUUAUUGCAAAUUUGGCGCUAAUUUUGGACAAAUAAGGUGACAACAAUAUAAUAUUUCAAAGUGAAAUGGAAUACAAAAUUUUCCAGAUGG